CGCCGCUCUGCCCGCGGGCUGGGGGCGAUGGAGCCGUGCCCGCCCGCGGCCACCAGGGAUGCGCCGUGGGCGAGCGCUGCUGCCCCGGGGGAAGUUGGAAGCUGAGCCCCGCGGGUCGCUCGGCCGGCUGCGAGGGGGCGGGCGGCGCCCGGCGCCCGAGGAGGAGCCCGAGCAUCCCGGCGCCGGGGAAAGCCGGAGAACGGGCGGCGGGGCUUCAUGGGCUGCUCACGCCAACAUGGUGCUCGCCCUCAACGGCAGCCACCUCUACGAUAACCUCCGGCCCCUGGUCCUGGAGGAGCCGCGGGCGCUGAGCGGCGGCAGGAUGAUCGCCGGCUCCUGGCCCCCGCGCAGCCUGGCGAAGCUCGGCCCGUCGCUCCCCCCGUCGGCGCUGCCCACGGCGAGCCCCCUCCCCGCCAACGACUCCCAGUGCGGGGAGCAGAUCCUCAGCUACGGCAACGCGGAGAAAGUUCUCAUCGGGGCCGUGCUCUGCCUYAUCACCCUGCUGACCAUCGCCGGCAACUGCCUGGUGGUGAUCUCCGUCUGCUUCGUGAAGAAGCUGCGGCAGCCCUCCAACUAUCUCAUCGUCUCGCUGGCCCUGGCCGAUCUCUCGGUGGCCCUGGCCGUCAUGCCCUUCGUCAGCGUCACUGACCUUAUCGGCGGCGAGUGGAUCUUCGGGCGCCUCUUCUGCAACGUCUUCAUCGCCAUGGAUGUCAUGUGCUGCACGGCCUCCAUCAUGACCCUCUGCGUGAUAAGUAUCGACAGGUACCUCGGAAUAACAAGACCUCUUACAUACCCUGUAAGGCAGAAUGGGAAGUGUAUGGCCAAAAUGAUCCUGUGUGUGUGGCUUUUAUCUGCCUCCAUCACCAUACCCCCGCUCUUUGGCUGGGCUCAGAACGUAAAUGAYGAAAAGGUUUGUCUCAUCAGUCAAGACUUUGGCUACACCAUUUACUCCACAGCAGUUGCAUUUUAUAUUCCAAUGUCAGUGAUGCUCUUCAUGUACUAUCAAAUUUACAAAGCUGCCAGGAGGAGUGCUGCUAAACACAAGUUUACUGGUUUUCCCCGUCCGGAAGAAAUGGACGGGAUUUCUGUGAAUGGAGUUGUAAAACUGCACAAGGAAUCUGAAGAAUGUGCUAAUUUUUCACGACUCCUAAAGAACGACAAGAAAAACAUUUCCAUCUUUAAAAGAGAACAGAAAGCUGCCACCACCCUUGGGAUUAUUGUUGGAGCUUUCACUGUCUGCUGGCUGCCCUUUUUCCUCCUCUCGACUGCCAGGCCCUUCAUCUGCGGCACGGCGUGCAGCUGUAUCCCACUGUGGGUGGAGAGAACUUUUCUGUGGUUGGGCUAUGCAAACUCUCUCAUUAACCCUUUUAUCUAUGCCUUCUUCAAUCGGGACCUGAGGACAACCUAUCGCAACCUGCUGCAAUGCAGAUACAGGAACAUCAACCGCAAACUCUCCGCUGCGGGGAUGCACGAGGCUCUGAAGCUUGCAGAAAAGCCAGAAUUUGUUCUGUAAGGGCACUGAUCCUCUACCGUGAUAAUUUGUUGUUUUAUCAUGUUAGCUUUUCCCCGCCAGAUUCAAAAAAUGAGUUUGUAGGAAGAACCAGGCUUCUUGAGCACUGCUGAUGCAGUCUUCAAGAAACUGGAAGGGAACAAGGUAAAGCCCACCAGCCCUAAUCAGCCUGGAAAAACAAGAUCACCAUCUAAAGGAUUUGGGUGUAACAGGACUAGAAGAAAGGAGAAGGGUGAAAUGUGGUGCAGGAUGUUUGAGUUGUUAGUGAGGAAGAAGCAAAGUUGGCCUAACCCAUUUGUUUGACCCAAAAAAUGUUUAGUAGAUCUGAAUGUUGGAUGCAUCUUGUGUCCUAGAUAUUGUUUGCUGUCAAGACCAGAGAAUGGUGAGAAGUUAAUUUCUUAUCACUUUGUUAAUACAAAAAUAAACCAUUUAAGAAGAAGCUGUAUCAAAGAACUUCUAUUGCUUAUAAAUACUCUUUAUUAUUAAACCCCAUAUGUUCCUUAAGCAUUAAUUUACUGGAUUGCCUGGAACUGAACAAUGUUGUGAAAUUUAAUAUUGCCUUUGCAAAGCAACUCUAACACUAAAGAAUAUGUUACACUUCCAAUGUGAUAAUAAGAGUUUGAGUAGAGUCCUAUGGACCAGCAGCUACUGCUGCAUGCAGCACAGGCAGCUGCCGUGCUGCUGUGCUAAUCACACCAGGUAAUCUUGAUUUGUAUUUCCAAUAUAACAAAUGUGUUUGAUUACAGUUUAUUUCCGAAUCUGUCUGAUCUUUAAUCUGUCUUCACUCUUUAAUUCUCUGCUUUCUGAGCUGAACACUUCUCUAAUCUAGAUGGACACUCUGCCUGUGCUCAGAUCAUUYCUAUUGAUGUAUGGCUAGCCCUUGUUCCACUUCAGUAGUUAAUUUACUGUCUGUUUGAAAGCUCCUCUACGCUUUGGGAUUUCUUUCUCUUCUGAAGUCAGUAAGGAAAAAGUAAGCUUAAGACCUUACGACUUCAGAAACAUCUGGACUUUAUCCUUACAAACUGAUUUUAAUCAUCACUUGUGCUUAAAAGUGACUUAAAGCCUUACCCUGUGUAAGAAUAAAGAUAAUUUAGUUUUUCUUGUUCUAGUUUUUUCUACCAUCAUUGCAAUUUGUCCAAGUAUGUGAUCCCACUUCUCCGGUAACUGUGGUAACAAAUCUCUUCCYGUAGUGGAGGAGGGCCAAACAUUAUAACAGCGUUUUUUAUUAAUAAAAAAACUAUAAAGAUAUUGAUUAUAUUAAUAUAUUACUAGUAAUGUAUUAAUAUAGCAUGCACUGAUUUUGUAAGAUACUAUUAUAGUAACUUACAAUAAUAAUAAAUCAACUCAUAAGAUCAAGCUGAGUUAUUUGGCCCAAGUUUGCGCUGCACACCCUGUUCCAGCUGAAGCAGAGGGUGAGGCUAUGUUGGUGAACAAAGACUGCUUCAGAGCUUGAUCUACUUUUUCAGAUGUUGGGCCAUCAGCGAGAAGCCAUGCUCAUUAUCAAAUUGCCUCAGCAGCAAAUCACACUUCAGGCUAACUUCUGUCCCCGCUUUCUCAAGUAUGAAGCCAAAGUGAGUCAAAUGAGCUCAGUGAUAUUAAUUUGGGCUAAGCAGUGAGAUGUCAGUGCCAGCUCCCUUGUUCCAAGCAUACAGGCAUAAUUGCAAACACUCGAGCCUCUAAGUGGCAGAUAGGCAAGAGCUGGAUGGAUGUGCUGAGCUAUGUGUGCUGAAACACGCUUAGGUCAUUUUAGAUCCAUUCAUCCACUACAAAAGGGAGUACAUUUGGGCCUCAUUUUCAGGAAAGGAUCACAGCUUUGUAAGAGACUGUAUCCCAGAUUCAAAGCAGUUUUCUAGAGAGGUUUCAAAUGGAUUUAGAACAGUCCUAUUUAUUUUAAAUGCUUCAAUAUUAUGCACAAGGACAAGAAGAUAUUUGGGCCCAGAAUAUCAACAAGCUCUGGAGCAUGGAGUAGAGCUCAUGUUAACUUAAGCAUAUUUUCCAUAUUCAACAUGAAAUUAAUGUUGUUUCUUUGUUGCCUAUCAGAGUAGUGAUUUUUUUCAGCAUAAGUGAGAAGUUUUCAAGGCCUUCUGUAAGCUUUUUCUCUGUGUAAGGAUAUACAGUGGAAUAUA